CAAAAGCCUGGUUUCCCGAUUCCCGUGUUCCGUUCUUACGUACUAUCAAUUGUAUUGAUGUUCCGUUUACGUUUUUAAUUGCCAAAAUUAUUUAUUUACUUAUUGCUAAUCACAUGUUUAAUAACAAAGCAUCGUCAAUAGUGCACAUUGUUGUGCAUUGUUCCAAUUAGUUUAUUUUGAUUGAUCAUCAAUUAUUACAUGUAAUAAAUAAUGGCAACUGACGCCGAGGAGUCGGAUACCGACGAAAGGCCUACUAAACGAUUGCGCCUUGGUAACAACGACCGAAUAAGAAUGGAUCAACAGCGGCUUGAAAGCGGCGAAAACUCUGAAACAAAUUCUACUAAAGAAGAAGAGGAAAGGAUGGAGAUUGAACGCAGAGCAAGAGAGAGACUGAAGAAAUGGCAAGCCAGACAUGUGGCAAAAGGGUUUAUGGACAACACCAUAAAUCAUGUCUUGGAGGACGAUGUAGCUGCUCCAUCAUUUGGAGCAAUGCACUCACGAGAUCACUUACGAACCAAUGAUAUGGAAGACCGAGCUGUAACAAUGGCAAUUAGGAAUCAUGGCCUGGUACAGCCGUCUAAUUUUUUACCUGAUCCAGACCCACCUAGCUCAUCGGAUAAUCUCAUAAAUAAUUACUGGAUAGGAGAAAGAGAAAUGCAGCUUCGUUGUACAUGUCCUCUAAAUGUUGAGCAGAAUAGAAGAGUUGACGAUGUCACAGGAUUGAUAACGUCAUCUGAACAAGCAUUUGGCAGAUCUAAACCUGAUGAGGGCCAUGACUGUUGGAUUGGCGAUAAAGGGGAUGAGAAUAAUCAGCAGCAAGACUUUCUUGAACGAGCUGUAGCAGAAGCAAUCAAGAAGAAAGGGCUGAGUGCACUCAGUGUUGAUUAUGGUUGAAACAACCCCAGCAUGGGAUCUGAGAAACGUAUGUUUCACUGUUACUAUACCUAGGCUUAUUUAAUUUCUGUCUACCUCGGAGGUCGACUGCGUAUAUCAAAUGUUUUAUGACUUGAGUGCAAUUAUUAAUGAAUUUAUAUCUGCAGUUUAUAAUUCAGAUAUAGCAACUCUGGUAUUCAUAGUUGCUCAUCCACACUCUACUCAUAUCAUAUAAAUCCAUAAUAAUUAUCAUCAUCUUGUUCUAUGCUGCAGCAUUAGUACUGAUUGAAUAAUUUAUAAUUGACUUCAAAGUAAUUUGUUAAAUUUAUAGAUUUAUUGAAAAAUUAUACAAGUAUUUCAAGUCCUGUAGCAUUUUUUGAAUUUUUUUUAUAAUACUGCAGUUGAUUAAAUUAUCAAAAUAUAAAAUUACUUUAUAUGCUAUACAUAUGUAUAAGGAUUCCAAUAGCCUAUAUCUAGAAUACGUUAGCUCCAAUGGUCCCAAUGCUAACAAAGUUUUUGGGAAUGAAUUAAUAAUAACAGAACAAAUACGGUUUAAAGGCAAUAACAUUCUAUUGAAUCAAAUCAAUAGCCAUACUUGUAUUCGUUACUGCCCCUAAUUAUUCCUUUAAUACAAAUUAGUCUUGAUUUAUAAGUGAUAUACGUUAUGCAAUAUUUAGUCCUAUAUUUAUACGAAAAAAAGUUAUUAUUAGCUUUGCAGUCAUAUUUUUGAAGCUCUACUUAGAUAAAUUUCUGCCACAUAGAUAUAUUAAAAAUAAUGCUUCAGAGGGAAACACAUCGUAAUUUAUACAUGCUAUAUUUAUGUAAGAUACAUAUUGUAUAAGGCAUAAUCUAUCAAACAUGACUAUAACUCUACUUACAAAUACGAGAUUAUAUCGUACAGAACUUGAUCAAAAAUUAAUUUACGUUCAAUAAUUUUGUUCAUAAAAUAAGAAAUCUAUUUAAACUAGUUUGACAAAAUAAAUACAAGUAAUGUGUUUUAUAGCACUAUAAGAAUUGAGUUGUGUCUGCGGAAAAGUGAGAAUGUGACUAAAAUUAGAUGAGAGAACUGUAUCUGCUUUUAUAAUUAAUAAAAUAUAGAUAUAAGCUAAA